AUGGCUGGCGUCGAGUUCCGCGUUGACGAUGGCAGGCUGGAAGCACCCAAAGUCCGAGACAUUUCUCACUUUGAAAAGCAGACUGGCUCUGAGUUACUAUCUCUCCAUCGGAUUCUUCAUGCUCGUCAUAAGCGUCAUGAGAUACAUACAGCACAGGAUGAAGAUACGAGUAACUCCCUGUUCUUGGGCACGAUACCUUACCGAUGGGCUUCGCUACGAUUAUUGAGAUGUGGAAGUUCGUGUGUGUGUGCCGGCUUGGGGAAGUUCGGCGCGGAUUUUGCUUGGGUAUUGUGGAUUCUGGAUUCGAUUGUUGCUGUGUCUGUCACGGUGGGUCUGGGAGUUCAACGACUCGCUCUGCCAAACCCUGCCGCAUCGCGAGGUCAUUGUGAACUGCUUUCUACCUCUAGGACCGCUUGGCUGAUCUCAUACUUCGGAAAAGUCGCCAAGGAGCUGUUUACAAGAAAAAGCACCAUCGAUCCUAUGGCUGGUUCAGUCGCAAUAUGGCUUGAUCUGGUUUGCACUGGCACUGGCAAGCAUUCACAAAGCCAAACUUUUUUUUUGUUUUUUCGUUCAACAUGGACCGGUGGGGUUUCACAUUUCCAUUAUGCGUAUACUGUGCUGAUCGGGGAAGAGCUUCCUUCGCGUUUCUUUCGAGAGUCCUGGGCACCAUUGUUUUUUUUUUCGGAGUCUGCGCCAUCUUGCUCUGGAUCUACAUCUUCACUCGGAUCCGGCGUGGAAGGGAAAGAUGAUCCAUGCACCUUACGCGAUCACAGAGUGUUCGGAGCAGAUGACAGCGAGCCGAGACGACGGAUGCCGAAGGAUACUGAUCGUCAUACAUACCAAAACAGCUUCCUGAGCCAGCUCAGCCUUGUCCUGCUUACCGGUGAAACACUCAAAUCCUCCGUCCUCGUCUCAUUUUCAUCCUAUCUUACAUAUUCUAUUGUCUCACCAAGCGGAGCGAAGGCAUGUGAUGAACGGACAUAUAAUUCAACCCGAUCACCCUCAACACCAGUGCUGACUACCCAACUGCCCAAACAAGGGAAAAACAAAAUGUCAAAAAUCGCAAAAUUAGAGUCACCACGCAAGGAUCCUUGCGAACCAACAGCUACAACAAUUAUUAAUUUCGUUCACGGCAAAAUUUUGAACUCGGCACCUUGA